CGUGCCCCCUUGUUAUUUUCAGACGCCGAGAGAAGGGGGCGAGACUUGCCGCUUGCGAGUCAACGGGCUCCCCUCAGAUGGACAGGGAGCAGCGCUUCCACAUCCAGAGUAGAGUUAGCUACUGGCUAGCCAGCCCCUCCAGCUCCUCCGGCCGCCGCCGUGCUCGGCGACCUGCUGCUGCUAGCUGUCGCCGCUGGAGACGGGCUAGCCGAUCGGACACCAUGAAGGCCUCGGCUGAACCGAGCUGAGCUGCGCCCGCUGUUACCGUGGCACUGGCAGGUUCAGACUUGGAGCAUCCAGCAGAAAUUUGAAGAGUAUCAUGAGAAAAGGGUCAAACUUAUGAAGGUUAUGGCUCUCUUGUUAAUAGAACGGGCAGCUCUUCUGCCGGUUCCGUUUCAAAAAAAUAAAAUAAAAAUAAAGGGUCAGGUAGCAAUUGAGCCCUAAGCAUAUUCCUUCAUCUUAAUCUUGAUCAUAUCAGAGCCCAGAAAUCAGACAUGAUGCUACAUCUUAAGGAGUUAACCUGAGGUAGCAGUCAAGGCUUAACCAUAUUUCUUCAACUCCAUUUUGAUCAUAUGCAGCAUAAUGAUGUAAGUUUGCCUCGAAACCUAACCAUACACUGUAAGACCAUGCUUGGCCACUUAGGCUUCUUUUGGGACUUUUGUAAGGAGGUAGCUGCAUCACAAUUGUUACAUGCAUAUCUUUGCUUGCUAUCCAAUCUUUUGUGCAACUAUUGCAAUAAUCUGGUUGUGGCUAUUUCCUGUCAAAAAUCUAGCUGUAGCUAGUUCUUUGCUACCUUGUGAGAUUAGGAUAUCCUAGGAUUGCAGAUUUCUAUACAAUGCUCUCUUUAUUUUGUUGAUGACCCUAUUGAGAUUAUCUAGAUAGAGUUUUUGGUUUCCUAUUAGUUUUUUUUCUUUUUGUAUACUUUUGUAAGUACAGAUCCAUGGUUAAAGAAAAUCUCCUUUCCUCCAAAAGAAAAGAUGUUACUUGCUGAAAUUCUCCAAUUGUUUAAUUUCGUUUUUUCACGCGUCAAGCCUUCAAUGAGUCAGCAUAUUCCUUCAACAUAGCCUGGAAAUGAGACAUGAUGUUGACAUGUUGUGAGUUUUGCCUCUGAACCCACCAUUUAGGUGCAUGUUGUGUCAUCUUUGCUAUGUAUAUCCGACCUUGUGUACCUCUAUGCCUCUAUUGCAAUCAAUCUGAUUGUGGCUAGUUAUUCAUCAUUAUAUAUUUAUACCAUUUUGUUCAUCUAGAAAAAAAUGUUAUUUUGUUAGGAUAUGCACACUCUGCCUCUGGACCAUGAGUUCAUUCGAACUGCUUAUUACAUUUCUAUCAAUUGAUCCUGGGAUGGUGUAUAAGUUCAUCAACCAUGUUUGUCAUGAUUUGUCAAAUGCACAUUUAUGCAUAGCUAUAUGGCACUGCACAACAGUCGCUGGUCCUAUGAGGUUUUGGGUAGCUAUUAUGUGGCGCCGAGUUUCCAUUCAUAAAGAAACCCUUGAGACAGAGUAGUGAAGCACUCCAAAUACAGUGUGUCAUGAGCUCGAGGCAAUAAUACUCCAAACUGGACCAAAUGCACUUCAGUUUGAGGUUCUUACGUACGUGAUCUGCCUGAAUUUUGUGAAAUGCUGCAAACUUAUGAUAGGUUGCUGUCUUUGAUGUGUUGAUGAGGACAAAGAUGGCUUUUGAAAUCAGAGGAUAGUCUACUGAAAUAGAUACAUGCCAUCGCCAUGGCACCAAAUGUACUUCUGGUAUUGUUAAAAGUUUUGAGAUCCUCCAACUUUAGACUCCUGAUUUUGUCUUUUAAGGUCAACUUUAGGCUCAGACUUGGAAAGUUGGUUUGGGAUUUUGGGGGUUUGUUUGAGUCAUCUAUUUGUAGUUUGUUGGUUCCUAUCAUAUUUGUUCUUUUCACUUUUUUGUAAUGUACUUCUGUAAGACAUUUUUCUUGGCUUCUGUUGAAGCUGUGGGGUUUAGUCGCACCUUCUUUGCUCUAAAAAUAUCUGAAUGAGUGUUGAUAAUUUGUUCGAUCAUAUACUUUUGCUUCUACAGUAUGUACAGCAGUACAGGUAGCGAUCAAAUGCCUCACCAUAUUCCUCCAGUUCCAUACAAUUGAUCAUAUCAUAGACCAUAAAUAGGAAUGAUGCUGUAAAUUUUGCCUUUUAAACCUAUUUAGAGUAAGACCAUCUAUCAUUAAUCGCUAUGGCAUCUUUCAAUACUUGUUAAUGAGUUAUGUUUCUUUACACUUUUUAAGAACUUAAUUUCAGGUGUGACAAACUGUGACAAUAUGUAGCUGUGAACCAACAUGCUAUAGCUAUUCACAUCUGGUUUAAUGAUUGCUAUCCAAUCUUAUGUAGGGAGAAAUCAAUGUUAAGCAUAUCCUUCAACUCCAUGUUGAUCAUAUCACAACCUGCAAAUAAGACAAGACCCUGUAAGUUUUGCCUCUAACCUUACUACUGCAAUAAGAGUAUAAGACCAUGCAUGAUUGAGCACUCAAGCUUCUUUGGAGACUUGUAAGGAGUUAGUCACAUCUGGUGUCAUCUUGGCUUGCUAUUGCAAUCUGACUGUGGCAAUGAUGCCUUGUUGAUUGUGUCCCCACGCAAGUAGGUUUAAUUACUUACAUUGUGAUCAUUGAUCCUGGGAUGGUCCUGAAGAAACCGUUUGAGAAAAAAGAGAGGACACAUAGUAGUGGAGAGGAUUUCGCCGCUCCAGUUUCUGUGUGUUAUGGACUCGAGGCCUCGAUGGGUUGACGAGGACAAAAGCCUUUUGUUUUGCUUUGAUUUGAAAUCAGGAGCAUGUUCUACAGAGACACAUAUGAAGAAGCCACGGCAGCAAAAGUUCUCUCGUGUUGUUAAAAAGUUCUGAUGCCAUCCCACUUUAGACUGGGUACAUCUUUUCCAAGGCCAACUUUAGACUCGGACUUGCAAAGUUGAGAGUGACUUCAAGGGAGGAGAAACCAAAAAAAAAAAAAACGCACACACACUUAGUAGAAUUUAGUGCGGAUCCGCUGAAGGAGGUGAUUAGUUUUACUUUCAGUACGUGCUCUGUACCUCGAUCAUUUUUCUCUGGUCCUGCUUCUAGAAUUCCCGUUGCUCGCCGUUCAUUUGGUACAUGGAAAUCAUCUACUCCAAGUGACCUAGCACCACCCAAGUCGCUCUAAUUUGGUCGGCGGCUGCCAUCGGCCAUCUAUGCCAGGUGCCAAGCCAGGCCUGUCGACACGUUUGACCGUGGUGACGGUGGCAGGGGUUUCAUUCGAUUUGCUUGUUCGGCCGUAGCAGUGGGAUUCUAGACGGCCCGGCGGAUAAGAAGAGGCGGCGUGCGCUCCCCGAACGCUGUCGUAGAUGUGCUCCUGAUUUUCAACCAUCUCCAAUUGACUGGGUCAUACCCGUCGCGGGCCCGAGCAAGAAACUAAAGACACUGCCGUCACAUGGACGGUGGAUCCUUUUACGGAUAUUAUUAACUAGAAUCCAAAAUUUUUGGACUAGAUCCCUGUGGCCGUAUGCGCCAUUCGAUUUCUUUGUGCGCUCGUGCUGGUGGCGGCGCUUGGCACAGCAUGUGUUGUUGCUGCGGUGCUCCCCCUCCACUCGCCUUGCCGGAGACGACGACUCCCACCAAGUCCCAGGUCCCGUGGCGUGAGCGCCGAGCGCGCCUGCCCUGGUAUCCUUUCCUUUGCUCCAUCACUCUCAGGGUGUGUUCGUUUCCCAUUAUAGGCCUCUAAAAAUUUUAGAGGGCUCGGUCCCUCUAAAGAAUCGCAGUCUUAUUAGAGGCUGGAUUAGAGGGCUGUUCGGUACCGAACGUCUAAAGUUUAGAUGUUUUGGGUUUUAGAGGGGUGAAACGAACACACCCUCAGUCCCGUUGCUCGCGUUGAUCUCCAUCCUCUGUUCUUGUGGCAUUGAUUGGUCUCGUACAAGCCUGACUGGGAAUCUCUCGCAUCGGUGCUGCCGACCUGGCUGGCUUGGGUGAGGAAAACUGGGAAAGACAGAGUGCUAGCUAGUACCCUGAGUUCUCCACGUGCGCUGCUGCUUUCUCUGAAAAGGGAGCGAACAAGGACGGCAUGUAUACAGUACUCCGCUUCCAGUACAAUUUUGCACUACACCAUAUACCAAGUGAACGGAGAUUAGCGUCUGGUAGUCUGUGCGUACAAAAGCAGUAGAAUUGUGUCCACAAGGGCUAGGUCAUCACUCAUCACUCAUCAAUGUGGUCGUCGCUGGCGCUUGACUCAGCUAGUACAAAGACCCUCCAAAAAAAGGGGGGGAAAUCCUGCAUGCUAUUGAACAUUGACUGGAGAAUCCAUCGCUCAAGUACGUCACUUUCUGAAACCUUACCUUAUUUUUGCAAAACUUGAUCCAACCACGGCCAGUAAAUUAAAUUGAAUAUGGCGCGAGGAGCUACGAUUUGGUCGUUCUGAAACGUUUCAUGACAAGCAAAAUCGGAUGUUUCUCUUUUGUUUGUGCUAGUAGUGAUUUGUCCUAACAGAGCUGAAAACAAGCAUUUUUUGGAUAAAAAGACAAUGAUAAAUGGAGAUUUUCCUUCUUAAAAAAUACUACGUGGCACUGCACUAUAGAGCAAUUGAAGAUAUCCUAAUGGAAGGCUCGAGCAUCUGCCGUGCACAAUUCUCAGAAGGUGACGUUUUCGGUUUGUUUGAGCUACGCAAACAUACAUGUGAGUACUGUAAAGUAAUGAGAUGCUGUGGUAAGACGGUAAUAGUAUGAUUGAAAGAUGACAUUUUCACUCGUGCUUCCCCUGGCUCCCACAUUGUUGCUCUGCGGACUAAUCUCUCACUGAUUGGACCUUAGCUUUAAGAGAAGAAUAAAGUACUCGCAUAAAGUAUCAGUCUGCAGGAUUUGCAGCACGCUUAGGCCCGGCCGGUGGACAUCAAUCAUCCGUACGGGUACGGGGAAAGAGAAGCCUUGCCACGGUCACACACCCCGAUGGCGGCGAGACCUCUCAGGGUCGCCGCCGUCGCGCUGUGCGCGUCGACCAUCGCCGUCCACCUUUCAUCCGUCCUCGACCCGUCGGCUACGACCGCCGCGACACCCGUGGAGGCUUCCCCGCCGCUCGACGGCGCCGUGCUGCAGGUCCUGCUGCCGUUCAUCGUGAUGGAGGCCCUCUUCGCCGCCGGACCAUUCGUCUACCGCCACGCGCUCCACGGCGCGGGCGCCGGCAACAGGCGCCUCACGGAGCUCGUCGCCUUCAUCUUGUGCGUGGUGGUUGGCUUCCUCGAGUUCUUCCUGUUCGUGCAGCCUGCAGGUGGCGCAGUGGAUGGCGGCGCGCAGGCUCGCGCGCUCGGGCUGGCAGCUCUCCGCGCGCUGCCUGCUUCUGCGACGGCGACCUUCUUCUUGGGCGUGGCGCUUGUCCACGCGCACGUCGGCGGCGGCGACGGACCGCUCCCCGAGCCCGCCGUGCGAUUUCUCACCGAGAUGACGCUCGAAGCAGCAGCGGCACUGAUCGGAAUCAUGGCUAUGGUCAUCUACACCCUAUGAUAAAAGGUAGAAGCAAGAUGGAACAGGUCACGUGGGGCUACUUGGCUAUGACAGUCCAAGAUCAUUAUCAUGUACCGAGGAAUGGGUUUUUCGUGUACUUGUGAAAUGAAUUUUGUGCUGCUGAGUUGCUUCUGAGUUCUGAUUAUCGGAUUAUUCGAGUCAAGAACUACACUCGAGCUUUACAUGGUUAUUUUGAUCAAAACUUGUUUCUAGAUGAUAUGCCACCAUUUGAUGGAGGUAAUAUGCAUGAUUCAAUCUUUGUCUGGUGCCGGCACCUGACUGUAGCUGGUUUCCCCUAACUUCUGGUGCUUGUACCGAUGCUCUGGUGCAUAAUGUGCGAAAUGAAGUAGCUUUUGCCCUGUUGGGCAGUGGAACUA